UCUGGAUAGCACCUCGAGCGCCUACGUAUUCCACAUCUGGGACGCUUUGCGGCAGCACUGGCGCGCCCUGACAUGUUGCCCCAAUUGACGAAGCUGAGGAUUCGACACGCCCAUUGGAGGGCGGCCGACAUCCCACCUCGUUCGGUAGCCUUCCUGGAUACCUUCCGCUCUGUCCGUUCGCUGCAGCUUGUCAACAUUUCCUUUCGACUGCCUCACAGUUGGUCGAUUGAUAGCAGCACUCCCUGCCCUCACUUGGUUGCACUGUGUUUCGUGUACUAUGUGACGGGGCAGAGCGAAGGACUCGAAGCAUUCCUGCCACAGAGCCCACCUCACUCCGCAAGUUGUCACUCUGCGAACCCGUGGAACUCCAGUUCCAAACAUCCCUCAUCCGUUUGGAGAAGUGCACGGUUAUAAACUGCAGGACUCCAGCUCGAGAUAUACUCCCAUCCACGUCACUCUCGAAUCAGGCAACACUCAGCGACUACUAGAUUGAAUCGCCAGUUCCUGCAACUUGUCAGUUGGAGCUACAUAUAUUGGAUGUUCCCCUCAGAUGCAGGCGAGGCUCUACUUUCGCACGUCAAUCUUGGCAAACUCAAGUUGAAGCGACUCGCCAUCGGAUUACAUGCCCAC